AUGAAUAUAGGAGGGUUUUCUCUAGCAAAGGAGCUAUUCAUUUGCCUGUUUCCCAGAGUAAUGUGGGCCAUGGAGCCAGGCCAUCUCCUCUGGGUUCUGCUGUUCGUGCAACCCUUGUGGCUCCGACUGACUGAUGGGGCUACUCGAGUCUACUACCUGGGUAUUUGGGACGUGCAGUGGAACUAUGCGCCCAAGGGAAGGAAUGUCAUCACGAACCAGCCUCUGGAAAGUGACACAGUAGCUUCCAGCUUCCUAAAAUCUGACAAGAAUCGGAUAGGGAGCAGCUACAAGAAGACCAUCUACAAAGAAUACAGUGAUGACUCAUACACGCAUGAAAUAGCCCAGCCUGCCUGGUUGGGCUUCCUGGGGCCAGUGUUGCAGGCUGAGGUGGGAGAUGUCAUCCUUAUCCACCUGAAAAAUUUUGCUACUCGACCCUAUACCAUCCACCCUCAUGGUGUUUUCUAUGAGAAGGACUCAGAAGGCUCCCUCUACCCAGAUGGCUCCUCUGGUCAGCUGAAAGCUGAUGACUCUAUUUCCCCGGGAGGCUACCAUAUCUACAAUUGGACAGUUCCAGAAAGCCAUGCACCCACUGAUGCUGACCCAGCCUGCCUCACCUGGAUCUACCAUUCUCAUGUAGAUGCUCCACGAGACAUUGCAACUGGCCUCAUUGGACCCCUUAUCACCUGUAAAAGAGGAACCUUGAAUGGGAACUCCCCUCCUCGGCGGCAAGACGUGGACAAUUAUUUCUUCCUGCUCUUCAGUGUGGUAGAUGAGAAUCUUAGCUGGCAUAUCGAUGAGAACAUUGCCACUUACUGCUCAGACCCUGCCUCAGUGGACAAAGAAGACGAGGCCUUUCAAGAGAGUAAUAGGAUGCAUGCAAUCAAUGGCUUUGUAUUUGGGAACCUACCAGAGCUGAACAUGUGUGUACAGAAGCGUGUGGCCUGGCACUUGUUUGGCAUGGGCAAUGAAGUAGAUGUCCAUACAGCCUUCUUCCAUGGACAGAUGCUGACCAUUCGGGGCCACCGCACUGAUGUGGCCCACAUAUUUCCAGCCACCUUUGUGACUGCUGAGAUGGUGCCCCAGAAACUUGGCACCUGGUUAAUAAGCUGUCAAGUGAAUAGUCACUUGCGAGAUGGCAUGCAAGCACUCUACGAGGUCAAGUCUUGCUCCAUGGCCCCUCCAGUGAACCAACUAACAGGAAAAGUUCGGCAGUACUUCAUUGAGGCCCAUGAAAUUCAGUGGGACUAUGGUCCAAUGGGUUACGACGGGAGCACUGGGAAAGAUUUGAGGGAGCCAGGCAGUGGCCCAGAUAAAUUCUUCCAGAAGUGCUCCAGCCGAAUUGGGGGCACUUACUGGAAAGUCCGAUAUGAAGCCUUCCAAGAUGAAACAUUCCAGGAAAAAGUACAGCUGGAGGAAGAUGAGCAUCUUGGAAUCUUGGGGCCAGUAAUCCGGGCUGAGGUUGGUGACACAAUUCAGGUGAUCUUCUACAAUCGCGCCUCCCAGCCAUUCAGCAUACAGCCUCAUGGGGUCUUUUAUGAGAAAGACUAUGAGGGAACUACGUACAAUGAUGGCUCACCCCAUCCUGGUUUGGUGGCCAAGCCCUUUGAGAAAGUAACAUAUCGCUGGACAGUACCCCCCCAUGCAGGCCCUAGUGCUCAGGAUCCUGCCUGUCUCACCUGGAUGUAUUUUUCUGCUGUGGACCCCAUAAGAGAUACAAAUUCUGGUCUGGUGGGCCCUCUACUAGUAUGCAAGGCUGGUGCCUUGGGUGAAGAUAGCAAACAGAAAGGGGUGGAUAAAGAAUUCUUUCUUCUUUUUACUGUGUUGGAUGAGAACAAGAGCUGGUACAGCAAUACCAAUCAAGAAGCCGCUAUGUUGGAUUCCCGACUACUCUCAGAGGAUGUUGUGGGUUUCCAAGACUCCAAUCGGAUGCAUGCCAUUAACGGGUUUCUAUUCUCUAACUUGCCCAGGCUGGACAUGUGCAAGGGUGACACAGUAGCCUGGCACCUGCUUGGCCUGGGCACAGAGAGUGAUGUGCACGGGGUCAUGUUCCAGGGCAACACUGUGCAGCUUCAGGGCAUGAGAAAGAGUGCUGCGAUGCUCUUUCCUCACACCUUUGCCAUGGCCAUUAUGCAGCCUGACAACACCGGGACAUUUGAGAUUUACUGCCAGGCAGGUAGCCAUAGAGAAGCAGGGAUGAAGGCUAUCUAUAAUGUCUCCCAGUGUCCUGCCCGCCAAGCCGCCCCUCGCCAACACUACCAGGCUGCAAGAAUCUACUACAUCAUGGCAGAAGAGGUGGAAUGGGACUAUUGUCCUGACAGGAGCUGGGAACUGGAGUGGCACAACCAGUCUGAGAAGGACAGUUAUGGUCACAUCUUUCUGAGCAACAAGGAUGGGCUACUGGGUUCCAGAUACAAGAAAGCUGUAUUCAGGGAAUACACUGAUGGUACAUUCAGGAUCCCUCGGCCAAGGACUGGACCAGAGGAGCACUUAGGAAUCUUGGGUCCACUUCUUAGAGGAGAAGUUGGUGAUAUCAUAACUGUGGUGUUCAAGAAUAAUGCAAGCCGCCCUUACUCUGUGCAUGCCCAUGGAGUGCUAGAAUCUAGUACUGGCUGGCCACUGGCUGCUGAGCCUGGUGAAGUUCUUACUUACAAAUGGAACAUCCCAGAAAGAUCUGGCCCUGGACCCAAUGAUUCUGCUUGUGUUUCCUGGAUUUAUUAUUCUGCAGUAGAUCCCAUCAAGGACAUGUAUAGUGGCUUGGUGGGGCCCUUGGUCAUCUGCAGAAAGGGCAUCCUGGAGCCCCAUGGAGGACGGAAUGACAUGGAUCGAGAAUUUGCCUUGUUAUUCUUGAUCUUUGAUGAGAACCAGUCUUGGUAUCUGGAUGAGAAUGUGGCAACCCACGGGCCCCAGGAGACAGGCCGUAUUAACCUUCAGGAUGAAACUUUUUUGGAGAGUAAUAAAAUGCAUGCCAUUAAUGGAAAGCUCUAUGCCAACCUCAAAGGUCUUACUAUGUACCAAGGAGAACGAGUGGCCUGGUACAUGCUAGCCAUGGGCCAAGAUAUUGACCUGCACACUGUCCACUUCCAUGCAGAGAGCUUCCUCUAUCGGAAUGGAGAGAGCUACCGGGCAGAUGUGGUGGAUCUGUUUCCAGGGACCUUUGAGGUUGUGGAGAUGGUGGCCAGCAACCCUGGGACAUGGUUGUUGCACUGCCAUGUUGCUGACCAUGUCCAUGCUGGCAUGGAGACCCUCUUUACUGUCUUGUCUCAAAGAGAACACUUAAGCAUUAUCACCACCAUCACCAACGAGAUUGGAAAAGCAAUCUCCAGAGACUUUACAGAAGGUGAUGUGAAGAUGCUGGGCAUGCAGAUCUCUGUAAAGGAUAUCGAGAUGCUGACUUCUGUCUUAAUUGCCAUAGUUGUCAUUCUCUUGCUCAUUGCUCUGGCUCUUGGUGGUGUGGUCUGGUACCAACAUCGUCAAAAAAAGCUACGGCGCAACAGGAGGUCGAUCCUGGAUGACAGCUUUAAGCUUCUGUCCCUCAAGAACUAA